AUGGCGACUAAAGUCUCACAACAAAGUGCGCAGACUGAUCUUGGUCGUUUAUGGGCAGAAGCGAUACGAGACUACAAUGCGCGUACCAAAGAGAACCUUUCGGCCCUAGGCGCACGAAGUGUCGCUGAAGUCAUGCGACAAACUGAUACAGAUAUGAAGAAGUUCAAAGGGUUUCGAGACGACGGUAGCAAAAUGUCGAGCUUCCGAUCGGCUAUGGGUGACCACCUCGGCGACUUUCAGAAAUGCAUCGAUGGCUUUGCCGCAGUCGGAGCUGCAGUCAGUGCGUUUCCACCGGCAAUGCCAGUGGGACUGGUGUUCACUGCCGCGAGUCGCUUGAUAUCCGCUUUCGCAGGGGUCAGAGCUGAAUACGACCGCGUUGAAGAAUUCUUUGCAUAUUCGGCUCGUUUCUUCGAACGACUAUCGAUUCUCGAAGGACGAGCGCAAUCUGGUCCACUUGCGAUCGCUAUCGUCAGAAUCUUCUCCAUGCAGCUAUCUGUAUGCGGCAGGGUAAGACGUCUAGUGAAGGAGAAGAAGAUCACGCAUUGGCUCAAUGCAUCGUGGAACGAAGUAGAUGAAGAGCUCGUAUCAGCGUAUGCUGCAAUGCAGGCAUCUAUCCAGGAACUCGACGAAGCUGUUGGAUUUGAAAGCUACAGCUCUAUCAAGACCGUACAGGACGACGUACUUGUCAACAGUGCUAAACUAGACGAACUCGAUAAGAAGCUGCAAUCAUACCGUGAAAGCGUCGGAAAGGACAUUCAGCAAGUCUACGCGAGCACCCUGAACCUUCAGGUUGUCGUCAGCGAAGGAUUCUCCGCUAUUCAAUACCAGCUCUCAGAGAAUCAUGUUGAACAGAACGCUCUACUUCGCCAGAUUUUGAAGAAUACAGCCAAGCUUAGCAGAGCGCCAGAGAACGAGGAGAAGAAGAAACAAGAAGUGAAGUCCAAAGGCGAUGUUGGCGAUCGCAAGUUUCAAGCCUUGCGGGAACUCAAGAAGAUCUUCAAUGGAAACUCCAAUGUAUUUCCCUCCUGGGUAGAAGCUCACCUGGAGAACUUGACACAAAAUGAAGAUAUGCGCGAUAACAAGGUAGGAAAAACGGCAGAGUGGCUCACCAAACAUCCAAACUUCGAGACAUGGAUCGACGGUGGUCAUCCUCUACUGUGGCUAAGAGGUGCGGAGGGGAUUGGGAAAUCUUUCCUAGCCUAUUCGGUCAUUGAGAUGCUGCGACUGCGUCACAAUGAACACACCUCAUUGGCCUACUUCUAUUUCAAAGAAGAACAUCCAUAUCAGCAAUCAAUGCAGAAUGCAUUCGCUUCUGCAGCGCUUCAGGUUGCCGAAUCGAACAGCAAAUACGCCGAGCAGGUAGCGGCAAUGAUCAGAGAAGACUCUAGUGAGUCCACUGAGCUUUCCACGUGGAAAAGAUUCUUUCUAUCGAUGUUUCCUGGCGACAACAAAUCUGGUAGCCGGUUGUUUCUUGUCUUGGAUGGCUUAGACGAGGCGCAUGUACAGGAAGGUGGGGUCUUGACACAAUUUUUGACCGACCUCAAGCACCAGGGGGCGAAUGUAUCGGUUCUGGCGACUAGCAGGCCAGAAGAUAAGCCCACGUUGCAGCUGCUUCAGCCGUCGAUGAUUGAAAUCACGAAGCAGGAGAUGAAGUCCGACAUCAAAAUGCUCGUGAAGAGUCGCCUCCAAACACUCCCGCGCGUGCGUAAGUUCAGCCCCCAUGUUAAGAAAGCCAUUGCUCGCAAGAUAGUCAAGCAAGCAGACAGUAUGCUUUACGUCGAGCACAUGCUUCGAAGAUUUUCCUACAUUGGUCGGGAGCGGGCGGUCAUGCACGACUUGGACAAGCUGCCGACAAGUUUGCAUGCCCUUUACAAGCUUCUGCUUGAGGAAUGUCGCCACAAUCGCUCGGAAGCGCAAUAUCAAGCAUUGAAGAAAUUGUUUGCCUGGCUAGCGUUCUCGAAACGAUCACUCAGCCUCGCCGAAGCUUCGAGCUUGAUCAAACUCACGCUGUCCGACGACGACACAUUUGAUAUCGAAGAAGAAAUCAUCGGGCGUUCGUCUCGCAUCCUUGAGCUUACCCAGACACGACAGAUUGAAGAGGAUGUAAAGGAUGAUGAUCAAGACGAUGAUGAGAAUGACGAGGAGAAAGACGACAGUAUACCCGAAGUAGAAGAUGGGAAGUCUCCUCUAACAUUUCAGGACCGGUCUUUGCGACAGUACUUCCAAAGCGUAAACGUCGAAGACGAUGGCGUGACAGAAUUCCGGACUCCUGCUACCACUGCACAUCUCACAAUCCUCCAGAUGUGUGUAGACAUCAUGAUGGAAGCAGCGAAAGAUCCUAAUGAACCGACAACAGCUGAGCUCUCGCUCUAUGCGAUUCGAUACUGGCAUGAUCAUCUGAAAGAGCUGGACGUGGAGAAUACGACAACUGGAGCUAUCCAGCAGGUAGCGAUACUCCUCCACCGUAUCACGCGAAAUGAAAGCAACAUCGCCAAACUAUUCGAGAAGAUAGCAAGGCAUACUGACAUAUACCCUGUAUCCGCGGAGGAUACUCCUACCCCUUGGUUUGAAACACUUAUAACGUGGGCGCACAAAGCAGCAACACUCAAAGACGAUUCAUUGGACCCCGACGUUAGGGAAUGGGUGCUUACCGUCACCGAAGACAAUGUCCUGCUUCCGUUAGCCCAAGGCCAUGUACAAAAUUGGCUGGACGCCGAUGAUCAGGUCUGGAUACCUGAAUCGUUCCUGUUCGUUAAGGGCGCACUGUCUCACGCGAAUCGCAUUGAAGUAUCCGAAGAUGAGCCAAUUGAAUACAUAAACGCAAUCACCGCGGAAUACGAUAUUCCUGCCGAAGACUUCAAGACAUUGCGGGCGACAGGGUCAACUCUGGCUGACUAUGGCUACGCAGCCGAAGACCCCGAUCGCCAAAAGUCUUUGAUUACUGAAGCCGCCGUUUAUCUGAAGAGAGCGGUUGAAUGUAUGGAAGGGGGCGUUCUGGAGAAGGUCGCAACACUUCGCCUCUUAGCUCCGAAAUAUGAAUGGAUCGACCAAAAACCAGAAGCAAUGAAGUACUACGACCAAGCUUACGACAUGCUCCUCACUCCAGAUAACGAGAAACUGCCUCCUGAAGAAAUCAUCGAAAUCAAGAAGAUGCGAAUGGAGCUCAUGACUAUGAAAGCUCAGGUGCUGUCAAACAUGGAGAAACGCGAGGACGCCUUGCUAGCAUUCGACGAAGCGAGGAGACUUUCGAGUGACCAACCGCUGGCUGGCUGGGUCUUGGAUGAUAUCACAUUGUUGUUCCAAGAGGACAACGAAGCUGAAGCUUCCAGGCUGAUGGAAGUGCUCAAGAGUUGGAACGAAAAGGAGCGCAAUAGUUGGUUUACGUAUUGUUUCGACAAGUGGGUAGACGAAGACGCGGUGACUCGUAUGCAAAGAGCAGCAAAGUCGACGAAGGAGACCGACCUACUACUCGACUGGCUGAGUGCUUUGGCCAGAACGCUGUCUACGCAAAGCCUUAUUCUGUUCAACCUCCGGUGCGCGAUCGCAUACAUAUACUACCCGAUGCUAGGCGACAUCGAGAAGGGCAAAGCGCUACGCAAUGAGAUACUAGCUAUGAAACCGAAACCGGACCCUGCUUUCGAAGACACGAUGAAUGAGACGAAGACAAGUCACCGUAUGCAGCUUGCGGAUAUUCUCUUUUGUGAGUUUCAGAUGUCCGCCGACCCAACGGAGAAGGAAGAAAUCAUGGAAACCCUAAGAGUACUGCCGAGCGCUCAUGGCGACAAUUACAAUGAGCGGAAAUCCCAUGUCGGUAUGCUUCGUGCGAACAUGUUCCGCAUCAUGGGUCCUGCCAAGGAGUAUGAGAAACAUCUGAAUGAACUACUCACAAGCUGCAUCCGUGGGCUCGAAGACAGUGUCUCUUGGAACGACUCAUCGAGCUUGCGACUACUUUCCAAGGUUCUAGCCUCGUUGAACGGUCUAGAGAAGGAUGCAAGAAUCGCAAUCCGUUCUCAAUUUUCGAUCUUGGAUCGUGCUAUACACGAGCAAGAUGCUGAAUCAGAGCCAUCAGAAUCGCUCUCUGAGAGUGGUGUUCAUGAAGAAGACAGAGAGCAAGAAUCGACAAAAAACAACGAACCAGUUACGGGAAGCGAAGAUAAUCUACAUGCUCCGCUGGCCGACAGCAUACAUGAGGCUACUGACAACAGCCUUUCUGAGGAGGUUGAAAAAGAGCAGAAUUCUAUAGUGACUGCGGAAGUGCCAGAGCCUGCCAAGGUUGAUGAGGAUGUUACCGGAUGGGGAAUCUUCUGUGAUGGACGUUGCGGAGUGACGAUCAAAUCCUGGACCCAGCCGUUCUACUACUGCCUCGUGUGUCCCAGCUGUGAUCUAUGCGAAGAUUGCCAUUCCAAGCGUCUGAAGCAAACGGCUGGAGAAAUAGAGGAACCAUGGUUGAGCUUCUGCGGCGCGAAUCAUCGCUAUAUCAAAGGACCGAUGAAGGAAUGGAAAGGAAUCAAGAACGGUGUCAUCAGAAUUGGCGACGAAGAGAUCGCGGUGAAGGAUUGGCUUCGGGGAUUGAAGGAGGAGCGGUGGCAGAAUGCUUGGAAGGCCUUCUGGACUAGGCAAGGCGGCUUGAAGGAUAUCGGAAUCGAGUAA